AUGUAUACUUUCCCCCUAAGUAUCCUCUCUCUUCUCCUCCUCCUCUUGCAGGUCUCCCCCACCGCCGCCUUGCUCCGCGCGCCGCCCAGGCUGCCGUCUGGUGCCGCCGAGAAGCUGAUUCGAGAUCUCAAUCUGUUUCCCAACUCACCGAUCAACAUCGUCGAUGGCCACCUUACUACUGUUGACGUUCCAAAGAUCGUCGAGAAGCGAUUUAGGUUCCCGGAUUCGGUCGAUCCCAGCGAAGUUUCGUUGGAGGAAUUAGGUCACCAUGCCGGUUACUAUCAGAUUGAGCAUUCUCAUGACACCAGGAUGUUUUACUUUUUCUUUGAAUCACAUAAUAGCAGUAAAGAUCCUGUUGUCAUCUGGUUAACUGGUGGGCCAGGUUGUAGUAGUGAAAUGGCCCUUUUCUUUGAAAAUGGCCCUUUCACUAUUGCUGAUAACUUAUCUCUAGUGCACAAUGACUAUGGCUGGGACCAGGCUUCAAACAUUUUGUUUGUCGACCAGCCUGUUGGAACUGGCUUUAGCUAUAGUUCUGAUAGGCGCGACAUUCGCCAUAAUGAAAAGGGUGUCAGCGAUGACUUAUAUGACUUCAUGCAGGCGUUCUUCAAGGAGCAUCCUGAACUGGCCGAGAAUGAUUUUUACAUUACUGGGGAAUCAUAUGCAGGGCACUAUAUUCCAGCUUUUGCAGCUCGUGUCUACCGAGGAAACAAAGAGAAAGAUGGAAUUCAUAUAAAUCUGAAGGGAUUUGCUAUUGGAAAUGGGCUCACAGACCCAGCAAUUCAGUAUGGUGCAUAUGCUGAUUAUGCUCUUAAUAUGGGAAUACUUACGCAACCUCAGCAUGAUCGUAUCAACAAGGUGCUUCCGCUCUGUGAAACAUCCAUAAAACUUUGUGGAACUGAUGGGACAUUAUCCUGCAUGGCUGCCUACUUCGUUUGCAACACAAUAUUCACUUCUAUUAUUGCACAUGCUGGAGAUGUGAAUUAUUAUGAUAUUAGAAAGAAGUGUGAAGGCAGUCUAUGCUACGACUUCUCAAACCUAGAAAAAUACCUCAACCAAAAGUCUGUGAGGGAUGCACUUGGGGUUCGAGACAUAGAGUUUGUACCUUGUAGUACAACUGUCUACCAGGCCAUGCUCAUGGACUGGAUGAGGAAUCUUGAAGUGGGUAUUCCGGAGCUUCUAGAUAACGGAGUGAAGCUGCUAGUGUACGCUGGCGAAUAUGACCUGAUCUGCAACUGGCUCGGUAACUCGAGGUGGGUCCACGCAAUGGAGUGGAGUGGUCGGAAGGAUUUUGUGGCAUCCCCGGAAGUUCCUUUUGAAGUUGAUGGUUCGGAAGCAGGAUUAUUGAAAAGCCACGGACCUCUUAGUUUCUUGAAGGUACAUGAUGCUGGACAUAUGGUUCCAAUGGACCAGCCUAAAGCUGCGCUAGAAAUGCUGAGAAGAUGGAUGAGUGGUUCACUCUCUCGUGACACUUCUCGAGAGGAAACCCUUGUUUCUUCAAUGUGA